AUGCCUCUGCCUAUUGCCACCGUUGACGCCAAGGGUCGGCAGGCGCAUGGUGCAGCCGUGCUCGCCAUUGGCACGGCUAACCCAACUAGCUGCGUGCCACAGGAAGAGUAUGCCGAUUGGUACUUCCGGGUCACCAAAUCCGAGCACCUCCGCGAGCUCAAGGCGAAGAUGGAGAGGAUAUGUCAAAAAUCUCGAAUAAAGAAGCGCUACUUCCAUGACAUGGAGGACACAUUGCUCAAACACCCAGAAUUGGUGGACAGCGCGCUGCCGUCGCUGGACGCCCGGCAGAGCAUACUGGCCUCCACCAUGCCAGAGGUCGCCGCGGCCGCAGCUGCGCGGGCCAUUGCAGAGUGGGGCCGCCCAGCUGCCGACAUCAUCCACCUGGUCUUCUCGACCAGCUCAGGCGCGCACAUGCCGGGCGCUGACCUCCGGCAUGCGUCACUCCUGGAUCUCCGCCCAACGGUGCAGCGUACGAUGAUGUAUAUGAAUGGCUGCUCUGCGGCCUCCGCCGCGCUCCGUGUCGCCAAGGACAUUGCUGAGAACAACCAUGGCGCCCGCGUGCUAGUGGCUGCUGCCGAUCACACGCUCAUCAACUUCCGCGCACCGCAUGAGGACCACCCCGAGACCCUCAUCAUGCAAGCCUUGUUCGGCGACAGCGCGGCCGCCGUCAUCGUUGGCUCUGUCAGCAGCGGCACCGGUGGGCAUGCCAAUGGCCACCAGAUGUCAGGCGUUGAGCACCCGCUCUUCGAGAUGUUGUCCGCUUCCCAGACUGUGGUGCCCAACAGCGAGGACGCCGCAGCGGGGAAACUCACCGAAGACGGCCUCGUGUUCUGCCCAUCCCCUAAGAUGCCGGCACUGCUGCGGCAGCCUGUAGAACAGUGCCUGGUCGACGCCGUCAUCGGCAUGCUCGGAUCAGGUGGCAGCUCGAACUGGAAUGACCUCUUCUGGGCGGUGCACCCCGGUGGGCCAGCUAUCCUUGACAGCGUUGAAGCAGCGCUGGCGCUGGCGCCAGGGAAGCUGGGGGCGAGCAGGCACGUGUUGAGCGAGUACGGCAACUUGGCAGGAGGAUGGGCUCCGGCGCCAGCAUGA